GAGAAAAAAAAACAGGAACUGUGUGGAUAACUGACCGAGAGGGCCGCCGCUCUUUAUACUGGGAGAAAAAUGCGCACAGUACAUCUGCUGAUGGGCUGAUUUCUUGCAGCCACAAGCUUUUUUUUUAAUAAGAAAAAGGCAUUAUUUUCUAUAAGAGGCACAUUUUUACUCAGUAAUUCAGUGUUGACUCGGAGGCGGCUGUCCUGAUGAAGUGUCGGCAGAGGGAGGAGGAAACCAAAGAGAGGAAGGAAACGAGGAUAACGUCACGAAAAGCAGAAUCGGAGUAAAACGGACUGAAUAGUAUUUAAUGGACAGCGCUUGAUGCGGGGCCGGGGGACCGAGCUGAAUUGUGUUUGUUUACAUCGGACAAAGAUGUUUUUGUGAAGUGAUCGGGCGUGAAAAAAAGGGGGGACAGCAUUUCGAGGAGGAAAAGGCAGCAGCAGAUUUCAUCUUUUUCGGGAGGCUCCACUAAAGCAGAGAAAUGGAAAUGUGUGUAGCCCUCCUCCGUUUGCCUGUUCGCUGAAGGAUUUGGAAACAUCGUGAGCUCUAAGUGGAUCUUUUUUUUUUUAAUGAGUGAAAAAGACAUCUAGUGAAAUCCUCCACGAUUUGAUUUUUUUCUUUCAAGUGGGGACGUUGCUUUCAUUUUUUUUCCACGGCGGAAAAAAGCAGCAAAAUCAUCGGGAGAAUUAACAGGUGACGGUUCAGACAAAUCCAAAAUGAGUGAGCUGGAGCAGCUUCGUCAGGAGGCCGAGCAACUUCGGAACCAGAUACGAGAUGCCAGGAAAGCAUGCGGAGAUUCAACCUUGACACAGAUAACUGCUGGUCUGGAUCCUGUGGGAAGGAUUCAGAUGCGGACGAGACGCACCCUCCGCGGCCACCUCGCUAAGAUCUACGCCAUGCACUGGGGCACAGACUCAAAGCUUCUGGUUAGUGCCUCUCAAGAUGGAAAACUAAUCAUCUGGGACAGCUACACCACUAACAAGAUACAUGCCAUCCCUCUGCGCUCCUCCUGGGUGAUGACUUGCGCGUAUGCCCCCUCUGGGAACUACGUAGCCUGCGGAGGCCUGGACAACAUCUGCUCUAUCUACUGCUUGAAGACUCGCGAGGGCAAUGUCAGGGUCAGCAGGGAGCUACCUGGCCACACAGGUUACCUGUCAUGCUGCCGCUUCAUCGAUGACAAUCAAAUCAUCACGAGUUCAGGAGACACCACAUGUGCACUGUGGGACAUUGAGACAAGUCAGCAGACCACGGUUUUCUCCGGCCACAGCGGUGAUGUCAUGAGUCUGUCCCUGUCGCCCGACCUCCGCACCUUUGUGUCGGGAGCCUGCGACGCUUCGGUCAAACUGUGGGACAUCAGGGACAGCAUGUGCCGGCAGACCUUCACAGGGCACGAGUCUGACAUCAACGCCAUUUGCUUCUUUCCCAACGGCAGCGCCUUCGCCACAGGCUCUGACGACGCCACCUGCAGGCUGUUUGACUUGCGUGCAGACCAGGAGCUCAGCCUCUACUGCCAUGACAACAUCAUCUGUGGCAUCACCUCCGUGGCUUUCUCGCGCUCUGGCCGUUUGCUGCUGGCUGGUUAUGACGACUUUAACUGCAACAUCUGGGACGCCAUGAAGGGAGACAGAGCAGGGGUCCUGGCCGGCCAUGACAAUCGUGUGAGCUGUCUGGGUGUGAAUGAUGACGGCAUGGCGGUGUGCACCGGGUCCUGGGACAGCUUCCUUAAGAUCUGGAACUGAGCCACGCACAGGAACAGCAAACACACACACACACACACACACACACACACACACACACACACACACACACACACACACACACACACACACACACACACACACACACACGUCCAACAGACACCGCUCCCAUCUCGGGACACAGUUUGCACCCCGUAUUCACUGUAUGUAAGAUUCAACAGACAAACUGCAACAUGUACUGUACAUAAUAUAUAUGACUUAGGUAUGAGUUUACACACACACAUACACACACACGCUGUAUGCAGGACAAGACGACACAAGACCUGAACACACGCCCACACUACCUACAGCUGAUAAGUGCACAGCAGCAAGGCUACAGAACCACACGCACACACACGCGCGCACGCACACACACAAUCUGUAAAAUGUAAAAAUGUGACAAAACACAGUUAAAAAUUCAGCUGCUCACAUAAAAAAACACACACAACACAAACGCCACUAUUACCUGAAGCCUUUUAACAUGUCUAACACACACACACACACACACACACACACACACACACUUUUUCCUGAGAGACACUGCUCCUCGAGUUAAACAGGGGGAGAAGACGUUAUUGGACAAUUCUGUCUUUGUUUACAAUGAAGUCCAAAAUGCACUUCAGACGAAUUUUUCUGUACUAUUUUUGUCUCAGUACCACAUGUAUCUCGGCGAUGCUAAUGUGAAGGAAGAGCGGUCAUGAAGGAGAAUCAUGUGAGUCCAUUAACACUGAAAAAAACCAUAACCACUGACAGACAGGACGGGCCGAUGAUCGACAGAGUCCAAGGAAAAAUGUCAACUCUUAUUUCCAUCUGGCUCCAAACAUCAUGUAGUCACUGUUUUUAUAGAUAUUCCCCCCCCCCCCCUCCUCCCCCUCCCCAUACAGUACAUCUGCUCUUAAGCUUUUGUUUUAUUCUUUUUUUGUUUUUUUACACUUAUUUUAUUCAUGUUCUCCCUGUGUGCCUCAGAUACACUUUAAGGAUUAUUAAUAGAGAAUAUUGAUAAAGUUAAAUUAACAAAAAAAAAAGAUUUAAGAUUCAGAGGGUGGGUGGAAAAAUUAAAAGCAUUAUAAGACACAUCUUAAUAAAGCAGGAGCCAGUAUUCAUACUUUGACAUUGUCAAUGUAUUAUCUGGACAUUAUGAUGGUAUAAUUGUAUAUAAUAUUAAUAAAUAAUAGCCUCUCCUGCCA